AUGGCGGCCUCUAAGGUGAAGCAGGACAUGCCCCCGACAGGGGGCUACGCCCCGAUCGACUACAAGCGGAAUUUACCCCGUCGGGGACUGUCAGGCUACAGCAUGUUUGCCAUUGGCAUUGGGACCCUGCUCUUCGGGUACUGGAGCAUGAUGAAGUGGAACCGAGAACGAAGGCGCCUGCUGAUCGAGGACCUGGAGACCCACAUUGCGCUGUUGCCGCUGUUACAGGCAGAGGCUGACAGGAGGGUCCUGCAGAUGCUUCGGGAGAACCUGGAGGAGGAGGCCAUCAUCAUGAAGGACGUGCCCGACUGGAAGGUGUUCCCCUUGACGGCAUUCUCCCGGAAACAGAGGACGGUGCUGGUUGUAUGUGGUCCGGAGCAGAACGGGGCGGUGGGGCUGGUCUGUGCCCGGCACCUUCGGGUAUUCGAGUAUGAACCAACCAUCUUCUAUCCCACUCGGUCAAUGGACCAGCUGCACCGGGACCUGACGACCCAGUGUGAAAAGAUGGACAUCCCCUUCCUGUCAUACCUGCCCACAGAGGUCCAGCUCAUCAAUGAUGCCUACAGGCUGGUGGUGGAUGCUGUGCUGGGCCCUGGCGCAGAGCCGGGUGAGGUUGGGGGCCCAUGCACCCGAGCACUGGCCACACUCAAGCUGCUGUCCAUUCCCCUCGUGAGCUUGGACAUCCCUUCAGGCUGGGACGCAGAGGGCAGUGACGCCGAGGACGGGCUGCGGCCUGACGUGCUGGUGUCGCUGGCGGCGCCCAAGCGCUGCGCCGACCGCUUCUCCGGGCGCCAUCACUUCGUGGCCGGCAGGUUCGUGCCCGAGGACGUGCGCCGCAAGUUCGCGCUGCGCCUGCCGGGGUACGCAGGCACCGACUGCGUCGUGGCGCUGUGACCCACACCUGACCUGACUUGAAGCCCCAAUAAACAGACAUCC